AUGUCAGACACGCCUGUAGAUACCAGCUUUGAAAUCACCACCAAGGACUUGGAGAAGAAGGAAGUACUGGAGGAGGAGAACGGAAGAGACACACCAGCUAAGGGGAACGCUAACGAGGAAAAUGGGGAACAGGAGGCUGACAAUGAGGCAGAUGAAGAAGAGGAAGAAGGUGGGGAGGAAGAGGAGGAGAAGGGGGAAAGAGAGGGUGAGGAAGAGGAUGGAGAUGAAGAUGAGGCUGAGGCAGCUGUGGGCAAAUGGGCAGCUGUGGGCAAAUGGGCAGCUGAAGAUGAUAAGGAUGAUGAUGUGGACACCAAGAAGAAGACUGGAGAGGGUGACUAG